AUGACUACAGACACAAGUGUCUCCACGUUGGCUAGCAGACAAGGGCCAAGAGUAGUUCUGUACCAUCAGACCCAUCACGGACCGAAUGAUGGCCCGCCAGUAUCACUCCUGCCGCUGCUAACACACAACACCGGCAUAACACAUAUCAUCAUUGCAGCGAUCCAUCUCAACGAUCCACCAGGUCAUAUCACCCUCAACGACCAUGUCCCUGACCACGAGAGGAAUGAUACACUAUGGGGCGAAGUGGCGUGGUGUCAGGCAAGCGGGGUGAAAGUGCUAUGCAUGCUGGGAGGAGCAGCGAAGGGUAGUUUUGAGAGACUGGAUAGCGAAGACACGGCUCGGUUCGAGGCAUAUUACGCACCGUUCCGAGACAUGCUACGGAAACACAGCUUCGAUGGUGUGGAUCUGGACAUCGAGGAGCCGACCACCAUGGACGGCUGCAUACGUCUAAUCGAUCGUCUACGAGCGGACUUUGGGCCCACUUUUCUGAUCACUCUAGCACCUGUCGCAACUGCACUUCUCGUAGGCCAACCACAUCUCUCGGGCCCAUCGUUCAACUAUCACGUCCUGGAACAAAUGCGUGGUCACGAGAUAGCCUGGUACAACACGCAAUUCUACAACGGCUGGGGUGACUGCUCGACAAGUUUCUGGUACGAAGCUGUCAUAGCUACAGGCUGGAAGCCGGAAAAAGUCGUUAUGGGUCUUCUCACUAACCCCACGAAUGGCGGCUCGGGCUAUGUGGCUCAGCAAGAGAUAGAUAGGGUGAUUACUGUUAUAAGACACCGCCACCCUACUUUUGGUGGUGUGAUGGGCUGGGAGUAUUUCAAUGCAAUGCCUGGUGAUCAGCAGAGGCCUUGGGAGUGGGCAGGACAUAUGCAUCGAAUAACUACUGCACCACUGCCAAUUAUGCCUGCACCACAGCAGCAGCGACAAGCACCCGUUCGACCAUAUGGACAGCCUGCUAUACCUCCUCCGGCAGCACAUCCUUACCCAGCUGAAAGUGUACAGACUCUACAGGACCUUGGUUUCAGUCAGCAGCAGGCAGUUGCUGCUCUCAAUUCGACGAAUGGUAAUGUCGAGUAUGCAGCCGGGCUACUUUUCCAGGACUGA